AUGCUUCGGUCCUUGCCAGAAAAAUACAAAAGUCGUUGGCGUGAUCAUCUCCAGAAAGUCGUACAUGCAUUCAAUUGUACCAGAAAUGACGCGACAGGAUACUCCCCAUUCCUCCUACUCUUUGGCAGACCCCCGCGAUUGCCAAUUGACCUUAUGUACGGUCUGAAACCCCCACCUGGCCAUAGCACUUAUCCUGAAUAUGUCAAGAAAUGGCGAGAAUCGAUGUCCGAAGCAUACCAACUUGCAUCUGAAAAGGCAGAAAAGAACGCUACGAGUGGGAAAGUGCAAUAUGACAAGAAAGCUAAGAGUACGAGUCUACAACCCGGUGAUCGUGUGUUAAUACGAAAUGUGAAAGAAAGGGGUGGUCCCGGCAAGUUACGGUCGUAUUGGGAAGACAAAGUUUACAAAAUCGUGCGUCAGAAAUCAAAUGAGAUUCCCGUGUAUGAAGUCAUUCCUGAGAGUGGCGGAGAGAAGACAAGAGUACUGCAUAGAAACAUGCUAUUUCCAUGUACGUAUCUUCCUGUGGAGAAUCCUAUUGUGAAACCAGCUCAGUUAAACAAGAAAAAGAAGAGUGAGAAGGAGAAACAGGUCACACAAGAUUAUCUGACAGAUAGUGAAGACGAGUUCGAGAUUGCUACGUUUGCACCUCAAUCAACGCGGACAGACCCAGAGGAUGAAUUCGUGCCAGUGUCGGUUGAAAAUGAAGCCCAGCAGAGUGUUGAGGAAGCUGUACAAGAAGGUGCCACACCAGAAGAACUAGCUCAAGAGAGUCAAGCGGCGACUGGUACCACGGUAGCAGCAGAGGCUGAGACACAAGUUGAUUCACACCCAGUUAGUUCACAACGAGUACGACGACCACCAACCAGACUGGGAUAUGGCAAUCUGGGCCAACCAACGGAACAUUGGACCAGUAUUAACGCGGUCCAUGCACCUGCCACAAACAACAUGUAUCUACACCAAUACCCUGUGCUCCCGACACCUCCAAUACCGUUCUUUCCCCCAAUACCGUUCUUUCCCCCAAUACUUCCCAUGUCAUUACCUGUAUUUCCAUUAUAUUGGUCAAGUUGGCAAGGACCAAUUAUGCCAUCAAACAUAUGGUGUUAGACACUGAUAUCAAGAGUCACGAAAUCAGAAAACGAAAAUUGUUGAAAUUGCCAUCAUGUUGCGAAUAAUGACUGUUAGAAAACAGAAACAAUAAAACUUUACAAGAGUUAAAGUUCCAGGAAAAGUUCCUGACCAACAAGAAGUGAAAGCGGGGCCCGAAAAGAUAAAGAAACACUUAGUUUAGAUUACUGUCUACGUUCAAUAUUUGUGAGUCUGAUCAACCCACACAGUUGACCAAGAAGUAGCCAAGAUGAGUACAGACUAUAGCGUUAAAUGUUGGGCUAUAUAAAGAUAAUAAGGACAGCUUAAAUUAUAGGAGGGGUGAGUGUAGGAUGCCCAUUAGCAAUACGUCAUGUAACAUUAGUUAAAUAGGAACUAUUGCGUCAUGCAGUUGUGACAGUUACCAUAGUAACGAGAAAGGACAGACAAACAGAUUUUCAAGAUGGCGAUUAGUCAACCACGUUGUUAUUAAUGUUCGCAUUGUUUUACGAAAUAAAUUGUGCUUUCUACUGUUUUAAUACUUGAAUUAUGGAAUAGAUCGAGAAUUUAGUGAGCGGGCAACAUCUUAAUAUUACUGAAAAAGGAAAACUCAGAUGGACAGGUUCUUUCGAGAAUCUCGAAAUACUGAUGAACGAAUUGCUCGAGACACAGACAAAAUGGUCAUCGCCUGGUGGUCAUUGUAAGCUGCUAGAGAUGGACAACUUCGAAAUGCGGUGGUAUUCAAACAAUUACUCUUUAAUUAUUAAAGGGGAGCAAGACGAAGUCGAAGAAAUAAACUCUCGGUUGCGAAUAAUGGCCAACCUAGCUGGUAAAGAAACCGAGUUAUCAAACGCUUUUGUCAGUGAAGGAAAUGGCGACAGGGAGGGAGACGGCGUAAAUACAGCCUCGACCGAAAACAGUCAUAUCGAAAUAAAUUCACAUGAGACAUCGAACUACAACAAAGUACUCGACAGUAUACGAGACCUUGAACUGUGUUUUGUAAACAAAUUCGAUGAGCUUUUGCAGGAAAUUCGACAGUCCAAAACAACAGAAGAAACUAUCAGUGAAGACCGAAAUUCCUUAAUUAAAGAAAAUGGCAAACUGAAGCAAGAAAUCGACAUACUAUCGGACCAAGUCAAUAACUAUAAGUGUAUUGCAUCGGACUUACACACGAAAGUUAAACAACUGGAAGAUGAACAGAAAAGUUUAAUAACAGCAAUCAAAAUUGUACAAAAUGAUUGCAAUACAAAUAAACAAAGUACAUGGUCAUGGAAUGUUGUUAAAAAUCGUAAGCCAAAUCAGAAUGAAAGCACACAACGUGGACAAAACUCUGGGGAAAAAGUCACAAUGGACUAGCCAAGACAGAUAAUCAAUAUUCUGUUUUAGUUGAUGAAAGUGACAACGAGAUUAACAUAUUAUCUCAAAGUCAAUUACCUAAGAAUAGAAAUCAAUCUGAACCACCCAGACACACCAUCAGGUCCAAUGAAGACAAAAGACGUAACUAUUCUGCGCCUAGAAAACAACAAGCAGACAACGACCGAAAUAACAACAACAACGAGCGAGCCCAAGAUUCUCGCAGAUCUCCGCGCGUAGGACAAUCAAGAGUUGCUAUUUUGGGCGAUUCUAUACUUAAACAAAUAAACGCGGGACGAAUUCAACAAGGAAUGAAGCAUAACAUUGUUGUAAAAACAUUUCCCGGUGCGGGAAUAAAACAAAUGAAUCACUAUGUAAAACCAACGUUACUCACGGCACCAAAUAAGCUUAUUUUACACGUCGGAACCAAUGAUCUACAGAGAAUGACGCCAGACGAAUUGUUGACACAUGUACAAAAGCUUGCAGGAGAGAGCAUUACUCGAGAAAACAGGAAUAUAGAAUUAGUUUUAUCAGAAAUCAUAACAAGAAAUGACGAUAAAUCAUGGGCUGAUAAGGUAAACGAAUAUAACAAGGGAUUAGCCCAACUAUGUAUAGAACGAAAUUGGUGUCUUAUCAGGCACAAUAAUAAUAUUAUUAUAAUAUUGACGUAA